GAUGUUUACUCCAAGCGCUUCAUCCUGGUGGCCUCGAUCUCCCAAGUCUCCAGCAUCGGGGACCAGAAGUUUGAGGUUAUCACCCACAACCGGACGUUCGCCUUCCGGGCAGAGAGCGAUGGAGAACAUCGGGGGCUGGGACCCAGCGUGUCCAAGGUCCGGAGCCUGAAGAUGGACAAGAAGGUCUGGACGGAGGAGCUGAUUGAGCUCUUCCUCCAGAUUGGCAACGUGGUGGCCAACCACUUCUGGGCUGCCAACGUGCCCCCAAGUGAGACCAUCGGCCCCGAGAGCCGCAGUCAGGAACGGCGGCAUUUCCUGAUCGCCAAAUACCGGGAGGGGAAAUACCGGCGGUAUCACCCGCACUUCGGCAACCAGGAAGAACUCAACAAGGCCCUGUGCACAGCAGUGACCACCAGCGACCUGGCCGAGACCCUCUCCCUGCUCUUCUGCGGGGCUGAAGUGAACUGCUACUCCGGAGACCCCGAUUUCCCCACCCCGCUGGCCUUGGCGGAGCAAGCUGGCCAGAGGCUGCAGAUGGAAUUCCUGCUCCAAAACAAGAGCUCAGAGACCCCCCAGCUGGAGGCUGGCACCAACUCCGACAAGUGCUAUUCGGUCAUCUUGCUCUCCGUGGCUCACAAUGGCUUCCUCUACAAGGCUCCCUCCAUGGCCAAGCUGGCCCUCGAACGCAAGUCCCGAGAAGAGUUCAGCCGCCGUUGGUGCCAGCUGCAGGAGGGGGUCUUCAACUACUACGAGACCAACACCCACACCGUCCCUAACGGAGAGAUCCGGGUGCAGGAGAUUGUCUGCCUGGCCACUCACCCUCCGGACACCCACGGGUACGCAAACACCUUCGAGUUGUACACGGAGACGGAGCGGCUCUACCUCUUCGGCCUGGACAACCCCAAGGCCAUCCGGGAAUGGGUCAAGUGCCUGGCCAAGGCCUUCCUCCCUCCGGCGGCCGAGGGGCUCCUGGCGGGGGAGUUUGAGCGCCUGGGGCGCCUGCGCUACAAGGGCGGGCUGAGCCUGGAGGGGGCCAAGGAGGGCUGGUUCGCCCUGGGGGGCUCCACCCUCUACGCCUUCCUGGACGGCAGCCCCAAGGAAGAGGCCAUCCAGCUGCGGAAGCUGCAAGAGCUCUCCCUCGAGAACGACGUCCUUGUGCUGGUCGAAAGAAGAAGGACGCUGUACAUCCAGAGCGAGAGGCGUCUGGCCUUCCUGGGCUGGGUGGGGGCCAUCCAGAGAGCAGCUGGCAGCUCUGGGGACACCUUGUCGGAACAGCAGCUGACUGACAUGGAUGUGCCAAUCAUCGUGGACAGAUGCAUCGAUUAUAUCACCCAGUGCGGACUGACCUCGGAGGGCAUCUACCGGAAGAGCGGGCAGAACUCCAAGACCACCAGCCUGCUGGAGACCCUCCGCAGAGACGCCCGGAAGGUCCGGCUGAAGGAGGAGGACCACCAGGUGGACGACGUGGCCAACACCCUCAAGAGGUUCUUCCGGGACCUGCAGGAGGGGCUCUUCACCAAGGACUCCGCCCACGCCUGGCUGAAAGUGCCCGCUCUGGAGGACCUUGCGGAAAGGAUCAGCCGUUAUCGUAGGCUUCUCAACAGUCUCCCGCUUGUCAACAAAGCCACCCUGAAGGCGCUGAUCAACCAUCUCUACCGAAUCCAGUGUUUUUCCGACGAGAACCAGAUGACCACCCACAACUUGGCCAUCGUCUUUGGGCCGACGCUCUUCCAGACGGACGGCAAGGACUUCAAGGCUGGACAAGUGGUGGAAGACCUCAUCAGGUGCUACAUGGAGAUCUUCAGUGUGGACGAGGAAGAGAUGAGAAAGCAGCAGGAGGAAAUCCAGGCCAUCUUGAAGAUGCGCAUUGCGGGAACCUCCAGCGGGACGCAGCCAGCAAGGUGGGCGACAGCAAACACGGCCUGAUGAAGUUCCGGGAGGAGAAGAACGUCCUCGGGGUGGGGCUGAGCACCGGCUUCCACGACCGAUACUUCAUCCUCAACAACCACUCCCUCCGCCUCUACAAGGAGGUCCGGAGCCAUAAGCCGGAGAAAGAAUGGCUGGUGAAGAACCUGAAGAUCUACCUGGGAAUUAAGAAGAAGGCCCGUCCCCCCACUUG